AUGUAUGGAAUAAAUCAGCGCUAUUUUUACAUAUCGUUUCAUUUUUUUGUUCUGUGGUGUCACGCUCAGUAUGUGAGGACGCAGGGCGCAACGACGGACCAGCUCAGCCGCAGGCAGGUCCGGGUCUACCAGCUCUACAGCCGAACCAGCGGGAAACACGUCCAGAUCCAGGGGAAGAGAGUCAGCGCCACUGCGGAGGAUGGGAACCUGUACGCUCGCCUGUUUGUGGAGACUGACACCUUCGGCAGUCGAGUGAGGAUACGAGGUGCAGAGAGUGGGCUAUACCUCUGCAUGAACCGGAAGGGAAAACUUGUUGGAAAGCCCAGCGGCCGCAGCAGGGACUGUAUCUUUACUGAGAUCGUCCUGGAGAACAAUUACACGGCCCUGCAGAAUGCAAAGUACGAAGGCUGGUAUGUGGCUUUCACCAGGAAGGGGAGGCCCAUCAAAGCCUGCAGGACAAGGCAGAACCAGAGAGAGGUCCAUUUCAUCAAGAGACUCCACAUGGGCCCGCCUCACUUCCCCAACACGGACCAAAGCAAAUUUGAGUUCAUCCGAUUUCCGCCCACAGGUCGAGCAAAGCGGAACCGGAAAUCACGUACCUCUGAGUAACGAUCAGCCAAAGCAGUGGACUGGC